AUGGCGCUCAGACUUACGGGACAAGCAAUCAAUCUCACAGGUCUCCGUUAUCAGCCGGACCUACUUCCUCCGACACCGUCUCGCUUCUCAAAGCCGCGAUUAACUCGCCCGAUCAGAGCAAUCCAGAGCGGAGGGGAUGAAGCAGCAUCGGCAGGAGCAGCUUCUGCUGUUGCUACUCCGACUAGGGCUCCCUCGCUGAGACGCCCGCACAACGUCGACGGAGAGUUCUUCGUCGACACUAGAUGCAUUGACUGCGAUACAUGCCGAUGGAUGGCUCCACAAAUUUUCACACGAGUUGAUGGAAUGUCUGCUGUUUCUAAACAACCGACUUCUAGUGAGGAGAGGUUGAAUGCUCUUCAGGCCUUACUCGCUUGUCCAACGAGUUCAAUCCACACAGAGAAACCCACUCGUGAUGUUCUGGAAGCUCAGAAAACAUUCCCACUUCCGAUAGAUGACAAGAAAAUCCCAGGAAUCUAUCACUGUGGUUAUCAUUCUGAGAAAUCAUAUGGAGCAGCUUCCUACCUGAUCAUUCGCCCUGAUGGAAAUAUAAUUGUGGACAGUCCUAGAUUCACUGAGAAGCUGGCCCGUAACAUAGAAGCUCUGGGGGGUGCAAGUUACAUGUUUCUCACUCAUAUGGAUGAUGUUGCAGAUCAUGAGAAGUGGUCAAAGAGAUUAAACUGUCAAAGAAUUCUGCACUCAGGAGAUGUAAGAGUUGAUACUGCUGACGUGGAAAUCAAGUUGGAGGGAAAUGGGCCAUGGAGCCUUGGAGAGGAUGUCGAGCUUAUACACGUCCCAGGACAUACAGAAGGAUCUGUCUGCUUAUUCUACAAGCCGCAUAAGAUCUUAUUUGCUGGGGAUCAUCUUGGCAUGACCGAAUUUGGGUUGAGCAUUUUUGAGACAUACAACCGCAUUUCAGUUCCUAUGCAGCUAGACAGUGUCAAAAAAUUAUUGAAAUUGAACUUCCAGUGGAUAUUACCAGGUCAUGGGAGGAGAGCUGAAUACAAGAACAGCCAGGAGAAAGAUUCAACUUUGGAGAACUUUCUGCAGCAGAAGUGCAGUUAA